AUGUCAACGACAACAAUACCUUUAAAACGUAUUACUUUAUACAAAAAUGAUCUCGGUUAUUUUGAACGAGCUACUCCUCGAUCACAAUCACAAUCUGUUAUUCAAGUAGCUAAAAAGAAGAAGAAAUUAGUGAUUGAUACAUUAUGUACAACUGCUGAUACGGUGACAUACGAUACAGAAGAACAUGAUAAAUUUGUAGCCGAAAAUACAGUUGAACGAUAUUUUACUUUCAAUGAUUUUUCAUCAUCAACUUCAUUUGCCUCAUUUCUUAAUACAUGUAUUGGAGCUGAAGUUGUAUUAUCAGUUCAUGGUAAUAAACAAGAACAAACAGGUAAACUAGUUUUACUUGAUGAAAUACCAACAUUACUCAGUCCAAAUUCAUCGGAAGUAUCAAAACAUCAUAUUGUUCGGAUAUUAACUAAAGAUGGAUUUAUUCGUCAUUUUGAUCUUAAUUCUAUUGAUGGUAUUAAACUAACGGAUACAUAUUUACAAGAACAACUUGAAAAAGUUUUAAAUAAAACAUUAGAUGAUCAUAAACCAGUAAUGAAUACAUCAUCGGAUUAUAUUCGAAUUUUAUUCAAUACAAAUAAUUUAUUACCAUCAUCUACAGCCGUUACUACAAGUAUACCUGAUCAAUCAAAUAUGCUUAAUGUAUCAUAUUGUUAUGCAACAAAAGAAUGGCGUUGUUUAUAUCGAUGUGAAAUUGAUUCAUCUAUAGCAAAUAAUAAUACAUCAAAAGUUGAUUUAACUUUAUUUGGUUCAGUUCAAAAUCCAACAGAAGAAGAUUGGUCUCAAAUUGAACUUGUACUUAUUGCUAAUGAACUUGAAAUUUUAAAUAAUAAUAAAACAACAACAUCAGUUACUGGCCGUGAUUCAGAAAAAGAGGAAUGCAUUUCAGAAUCUUCUGGUGGUGGUGGUAUGCAGGUUUUUAUUAAAACUUUGACAGGCAAAACAAUUACCUUAGACAUUAGUGCAAGUGAUACAAUUGCAACGCUUAAAGCAAAAAUUCAAGAUAAAGAAGGUAUUCCACCUGAUCAACAGCGUAUGAUAUUUGCUGGUAAACAACUGGAAGAUAAUAGAACAUUAGCUGAUUAUAAUAUUCAAAAAGAAUCAACUUUACAUUUGGUACUUCGAUUACGUGGUGGUCCAGUUGAAGAUGAAAGUUCUGUUAAAGGUAAAGGAAAGGGUGGUAAAAAGCGUGUUGUUGAUGUUAAUGACGAUGAAAAUUAUGAAUCAAUUGAUUCCAGUCAAAUGAGUGGUCUUAGUGAACAUGUUGUUUAUACAAUUAAUACACCAGUAACCAUUCGAUCACAUGAAAGUGCUUUGGUAACAAUUAAUAAAUGGCAUAUGGAUGCACAAUUAGUACUUUAUUAUGAUCCAAAAAUUAAUGAUUUAAAUGCAAUUAAAGCAGUUCAUUUACGAAAUAAUAGUGGUGUUGUAUUAGCACCUGGAAGUAUUGCUGUAUUAGAUAAUGGACGUUUUGUUGCACAAUGUGCUUUUACACCAAUGUUACCUGAUGAUGAUCAAUUAAUUAAUUAUGGUUUCGAUUCAACUGUUUCUAUUCUUCGUACAACGCCAUUAUCACUUCAAGAAGUUCAUACACAAAGUGUUGAUAUAGUUUAUUCCGAAGCAAAUAAAAUUGAUACACGUAUAAUUCCAAUUGGUAUUGAUCUUCAAGAAAACUAUAUAAAACGUACACGUUAUUUAAUUAAAAAUAAUUCUCUUAAUCGUCCUGUAGCAAAAUUUUAUAUUGAUCAUGUUGCUGAUCCAUCAUUAGGUGGUUAUGUUGUAACAACACAAAAGAAAUGUAUUAAAUCUGUUAUGGGUUUUAGUCGUUUUGAAUUUAAACUUGAACCACAAGAAGAAAUCGAAUUUAUUGUUGAUGAACAAGCACAAAAUAGUAAAAAGAUUUUCGAAGCAACUGGAUUAGAAAUAUUCUUAGAUAAACAAGUUCCUGAACUUAUUCAAUCGAAAUUAAUUGAUGAAAAUACAAUUAAUAUCAUACAGAAAAUAAUUACACGUAAAUAUGUUGAACAAGUUCUUCGACAUAUGAGUGAUAAUACAAUAACAGAUAGAGAAAUUCGAACAUGGACAACAAAACGUGAUUUAAUACCAACAUCAUUAUUUGAUAAAGCUGUUACCAUUGUUGAUUUACAAUUAAUUAUACGUGAUUUAGAUACACGAAUUAAAUCACGUGAAGCACAUAUUAAAUCAAUAUUUGAAAAUCAAGAUCGUAUUCGACAAAAUAUCAAAUCAUUAGAAAACAUCAAUCAAUCAGAUUUAUUAACAAGAUAUUUAAAAGAUUUAAAUACAGAAGAAGAUGAUUUACAAGAAACACGUCGAGAAAUUAAAACAAUGCAAGAUGAAUAUAAUCUAAAACAGAAGGAAUUAGAAGAAAAACAAGCUUCACUUAAACACGAAGCAAAAGAAACACAAAAAAAUACGAAAAUGUAA